GAUAGCAACGGUGCCGCAGCUCCGGAUGCUGUGUUUGUGCGAGUGGAAGAGAGGAGGGACGGCCGCUGCUUCUCUCGGCUGGCUUCUCUGUGCGGGUCAGUCUCGCCUCUGCAGUGGACGAGCCCCCCGGAGACAGGACAGGGAGGCCUCCUCUCAUCAGUGAAGAACAGAUGUGCUGUGUUGAACGUCCUCCUCCAGAUGUGUGCAGCGUGGAGCAGUAGUUAAAUCUGUAACCUGUCAUCAGGGAGGAUGAAUCUGCCCUGCAGCAUUUAGAACAGAGCCUAUGACACUGAAAAACACAAAUGAUGGACAAGAAAAGUGCAAAUGGCCUUUCCUCCAAGGUGCCUGAAAGUGGGGGACAGAGAAAACAGUUACCGUAUUCUGUAGAGACGCCCUAUGGCUUUCAUCUGGAUCUAGACUUCCUUAAAUAUGUCGAUGACAUCGAGAAGGGUAACACCAUCAAGAGGGUCCACAUACAAAGGAAGAACAGGGGUCCAAAAUACAGCACACUGCCACGCAACUUUAGCCUCCCCGGACACGGCGCGAGACCUGCUGCCAAAGACAUAUGGUCCAACACUUCCACCCUGGGGUCUAAGCCAAAGUCCCGUGUUACUGAGGUUCAGCAAAUUUUCGAUUUUAAGGCCAGUGAUGGCAGCGCUAACAGCGGCAUCCAAAGCUCUCCUGCGUCUCAGUCAACGGUACAAAGCGGCACCUACCUGUCUUCCCGAAAACCCAUGGAUGAGGUCCAGAUUCUCCUCGCCCAGAAUCCUCCACAAGAGCAACAGGUCCUCGACGUGAGGCCGAGUCUGUUCCGGGCUUCCAGCAUGCCCGUUAACGUGCCGCGCAGGAAAGGCUCCGACUCGAACAUCGAGCAGAGCUCGCUUUCGCAGAACGGCUCAACCGAGAAACUGUUUCGCCCAGCGGACGGUAGCGACCGGAGAGGGAGUAUUCCUCAGGACAGGGCCAGCCUGCACCAACAGAUAACGGCGGCGCUGAAGCGGGUGCGAGAGCUGGAGGAGCAGGUCAGGACCAUCCCUGAACUGAAAUCUCAGAUCUGUUCUUUAAGAGAAGCAAAUGAAAAACUGCUGCAGAAGAUUCAAGAACAUUCUCAGGAAACGAGGCUCCCAGAGACCGAGCCGGGCGAAGAACCGCAAUCUCAAUCCCAGGAAUCGGAAGAAAGUACUGAAAUGCUUGCGGCAGAUAAGCAACAGAAGGCUUCAUAUUUUUCCAAAGAUACUGUCGGCGGUGAUCAAACGCCAGAACAGCAGGUAGCAGAAGCCAAGAAUCUUGAGAGAACAGAUCAUGCAGUUUCAGUACAAAAAACAGUUUCAGGUAUAAUCUCGGUUCCAGUGAUACUUAUCGAAAAAGCUGAGAGUCCAGAUUCAGACGAAUCCGAGAAGAUGUUGGAGGAAUCUGACCACGAGGCUACAGAACCCGAGAAACCAUCUGAACCAGAGUUAAAAACAUCAACUUCCUUAGAAGAUAAAGCGUCCGAGCUUCCAGAAAGCCUUCCAGCAACAGAUCAGCCCGAAGACAUGUCUGAAUUCACAGAAUCUCAAGAGAAGACCGGGAAAACAGAUGAAACUGAAGGAUUAGAUCAAAACCGUAUCACAAUCGAGGAACUGCAAAUACAAGUGGCGUCCUUGGAGGAGAGGUUGAACCAGGCCAGCUGUGAGCUUGAGAGGACAAAUGCUUUAUUACUCGUACAGCUGGAAAUUAAUAGACAGAAGGAGGUAACAAUUCAGGAUCUGAGCGAGAAAAUAACAGAACCUUCCGCAGAGACCGAGACAGAGUCUUUUACAGAACGUGUUAUCACCUGUGACGCCUCGGUCAAUACAGACAGCAAAAGCGUCUCGGAAAAAGAGGUCCUGACGGAUCUUGAGCUUCAACCUGUCGACAGUCCGUCGGAAAUAGUGCAAACGUGCUGCGGUACUCAAACAAAUGUAGUGGAAACGCGAGAGACCGAGGUGUUAGCGCAGGUGACGAUGGCUGAGAAGUUUGUGAGCGUUGAGGUCAGUACAUUUGACAAGGCAGUUGAGACCGACGUCCCAGAUGAAUCGAGUGGUAAUGAGUUCAAAGAUAGUUCAGAGGCUAGCGAGACCAAAAACACAGUAGAGGAAGUGGAUAUUGAAGACGGGCAAGACGAAGAGGAUGGAGAAGAGAUCUGUAAAAAAGUGGUCAUCGAGAGAGACGUGGCUGAAGAGUACGUCAUAGUAGAAAAGACUGAAGAUUAUAUUUUUGGAAGUGUAUUAGACGAGCCUACAGAGAUUACGAUCAAACCUUCUGCAAAGCGAACUGAACCGUCCGAGGAUAAAGCAGUUGAAACGUCGGUACCCAAGACCCCCCAAAAAGAUGCACCAACUGGCGGCGCAUCAUCACAUCAAGACCAAAAGCAACUCCAAGGACAAGACAAUCAGACUCAACCCCAGAGGCUCGCCGAAGCCCCUGCGUCUCCUGCAGCCAUAGGCCAGGUUGUAACUCGUAUCCAGGGUCUUCUCAACGAGCAGUGGGCCAGUCUGGGGAGUGGAAGCCAGGAACCGAAAGGAGAGAGCUCACAGAAACAGCCGGUCUCGAAGAUCAGUACGAUACAGAGUCACCUCAGAGGUUCUCUCAGCGCCCUUUCGGCCUUCUACUCUCCUGUACAAAAAGGAGGCGCAGCCAAACAGUCAGGCCUCAAAUCCAUCAUGAAGAAGAACGACUGUCCUGACAAGCAGGGGAAGAGUGGAACUAAAAAAAACCUGAAGUUUGUCGAUGUAAAUGGAGGCUAUGAGUCCACCUCCAGUGAGGAGUCCAGUGGGGAGGAGAAUGAGGACGAAGGAAAGGUAGAGGAGGAGAAGGAGGAGGAGAAGGAGGAGGAGAAGGAGGAGGAGGAGAAGGUGGAUAGCUUGGAGCCAGAGGUGCAGGGAGAGAAAAGCAGUGUGGCUCAAAAUGAGGAGGAGAAAGCUGCUACUACUGGGGAGGAAGUUGGAGAGGCUCAGGCAGGAGGGUCUGAAAGCUUUUUGGAGCUUAAAGAUCUUCAGGCCAGUGGUGAUCAAGAUGAGGAGCAGCCAGACAGCGAUCUUGUUGAUAAAAACUUCAUGGCCGCGUGUCUGUACCUGAAGGACAGAAUGGCAGAAGUGUCUUCCCCAAACAAAGAGAUGAGGCAGGUUCUGAUGGUUCUCUAUCAGGAGUGGUUCCGUGUGUCCAGUCAGAAAGAAUCCCAAGCAGAUACGGUCACCCUGUACCUCAGAGAAGUUGGGAAUCAAACCCCGACUCUGCUGCGCUAUAUUGUUAACCUGGCUGAUGGGAAUGGAAACAUGGCUCUACACUACAGUGUUUCCCAUUCUAACUUCCACGUAGUCAAACUGCUCCUGGAUACGGGUUUGUGUGAGGUGAAUCAUCAGAACAAAGCUGGCUACACCGCCAUCAUGUUGGCAGCUUUGACGGCAGCGGAAGGGCCGGAGGAUAUGGAGGUCGCUCAGCAGUUACUAAGCAUGGGCAACAUCAACGCUCGGGCAGGCCAGUCUGGUCAGACUGCACUGAUGCUGGCAGUCAGUCACGGCCGCACAUCGAUAGUGCAGGUUCUUCUCGACUGUAAGGCCGGUAUGAACAUACAGGACCAGGACGGUUCUACGGCUCUGAUGAUCGCCAGCGAGCAUGGACACACCGAUAUAGUCAAACUACUGCUGGAUCGACCUGCAUGUGACACUAAUCUCACUGAUAACAAUGGACUCACUGCCCUGUGUGUGGCCAUCAAGAAAUCACACUCCGAGAUCGUCGACCUCCUGAGGGCUCACGCUGAAAACGCUGAUCCAUCGCUCGCAAGUCUUCUCUGAAUCUUCUCUGAAUCUUCUCUGAAUGUGCAGAGGUUCCACACUUCCUUUCCUCUAACAACAGCCUGCAUUCACCCUCUCGCUGCCUCCAAGUAAAACUAACAAAACCGGCUGUUAACUAAAAUGGAAAUUAGAAAUGGACGGAUGAUUUCCUAACCUUG